GUCUUGCCGCGUCUUCCAGCUCUUGCUGUGUCUUCUUACUGUGUCUGUUACUCUUCCUACUGUGUGCUGUAUCAUCUGAGAUCAUUCAGAGGAGAUGUGUGGGGUGCUAGCUCUUAGCAGUGCUGGGUACUGAGAGAAAAAAGCACAGGAGAGGAGGGGAGGAUGCCGGCCCCCCUCAGGAUGAGGAGGGAGGCCUGCAGGUCAGCUAUCCCAUCUCUCUCCACCAUCGCUGAGGAAGAGGAGGGACAACGGAGCCGCAAGAGACGAAGGAAAGGAGGAGGCUCUGACUACCUUCUCAGAGCAGAUGAGAAGUCGUCAUGGAGUCGACCGGACUCAUCAGCCUCUGGACAGUACACCUACACCAUUCCCAGCCCUACAGAGAUACACAUUGUUACCAGACCAGAGCCUCUCAUGCUGAAGAAUGACGAAAGGCAGAGACUCGCCCGUAAACGGAGGGAGGAGCUGGAGAAGCAGAAUGCUGUACGGGGUUCCAAGUGGUUGGAGAGAGAGGAAAGAGCCCGACAGUUUCAUGAGAGACAGCUGGAGGAGCGCAGGAAAAAGCUGGAAGAGCAGCGAGUGAAGGAGGAGAGGAGACGCGUUGCUGUGGAGGAGAAACGACGGCAGAAACUAGAGGAGGAGAAGGUCCGGUAUGAGGCUGUUAUCAGGAGGACCAUGGAGAGGAGUCCGAGAGCCAGGCCCAAGUCAAACCGCUGGAGCUGGGGUGGAACGCUCUCCGCCAGCACCUCACACAACAACGGUUUUGAUGAUUCUGCUCUCUUUUCAUUGGAUCUAGCUGGGCUGGAGCACUAUCAUGGUGUUUACAGCUUGGCGUGUCAGCAGCAGUUUCGAUCGAAAUAUACUGACAGAAGGUCAGUCUCCACUAUGAAUCUGUCCAAACCCACAGAUCCAGUCAUUUCCAAACGCCUGUCAUCUUCCUCAGCCACCUUGCUGAAUUCACCAGAUAGAGCCUUACAGAAGCAGACAUCUCUCUCGUCGUCUUGCUUGAUUAAAAAAACACAAUCUAAAUCCCAAAUCUCCAAAGAGAAGAUACCUCAGGACAAACCAGCAGGUAUGCGUCGCAUGCCUCUUACUGCAUGGGAGAAUACAGUGAUCAGUCGACUACAGACACCAACACACUCCUACCUGGCCAGGAGUCGCAGCGCCAUGUCUUUGUCUGGAGAAGCAGCCUCCUGUCAUCCAAUGAGCUCCAUGUCCUUCAAGUCCAUCCAGUCACGCAGUGCUGAGCGACCAAUCAAAGCAGGCCUUAAUCUUGAGAGACCAAUCAGAGCAGGGUUCAUCCCUCUGGACAGCAGCGCUCGCAGAAAGACCACCCAGAAUUUGCCGAUUGACAGGAAGGAUAAGGACAAUGUGAGAAAGUCAUGGAGUAACCUGGCAUAUCCCACUACCAAUCUGAGUCUGUUCACACCCAAGAGAUCUCCUUCACCUGUCGGUCAUCGCAGCAGGGUCACCAAUCCAUCCCCCAACAGGGGCUCUACUACUAAACCCCCUCAGAAGACACCUAACCCCAAAAAGUCCAGGUCUCCACCUCCUCCAGCAUCAAUUCGUCUGUCUCCUAGUAACCCGUCCUUAUCACCAGGCAAUCUCAGGCCUAACAGAGUGACAUCAGAGAGCCCGAGAGCAACUCCAGAAGGAGAGGGGGCCAAAAAAGAGGAUGUAGAACCUCCCAAAAUUGAACCAGAGUCUCCUGCAACUAAACCGGAGCCUUCUGCUGAAGGUUCUGGAAGUCCUCCAACAACACGGCCCUCUGCAGGCACAACAGAUCCUGAGGAGGCAUCACGUCUGCUGGCUGAGAAACGACGGCAGGCCAGAGAACAAAGAGAAAGAGAAGAGGAGGAGAAGAGACAGCAGGAAGAGGCUGAAAGGCGCAGCAGGGAGGAGAUGGCCCGCAGGAAGGCAGAGGAGCGGGUGAAGAGAGAGGAGGAGGCACAGCGGCAGGCAGAAGAGAAGAAGAGACGAGAGGAGGAGGCGAAGCGUUUAGAAGAGGAGAAAGCACAGAGGGAGAGAGAGGAAGCUGAACGCCUGCAGAAACAGAAAGAGGAAGAGGAGGCUCGCCAGAGAGAAGAGGCAGAGCGUUUGCGUCUGGAGAGAGAGAAACACUUCCAGAAAGAGGAGGCUGAGAGAAUGGAGAGGAAGAAGCGCCUUGAGGAAAUUAUGAAACGCACACGCCGAUCUGAUCAGAAAACCACCCCACAGAGCAAUGGCGAUGUCAGCCAGCAGAGCGGACAGAAUUCAGGUGAUUUGUGA